AUGGAGGUAGCCAACCACAAAGUGUAUUCCAACCAAGCAGCACUGGCUCACCACCCACAUUUGUGCCAGACCACACGGGACGCUGAAGGCCGCCGCUACCCAGGUUUCUUCUGUCCCCGCCUCUCUGAUACUCCUGAAGAAGCCUACUGUUGCCAUCUGCAGGCUGCUGGGGGUUCCUGCUGUACCCGAGAUGAAUUUGAGGCCCUGUACCAAGUAAACCUAUCUUCUCUCCAGUCCCCACCCAUCCUCAGGGGCCCAGGCCCGCUCCUAGCACUAGGCCUUUACAGUCUACUUCUGAUGGCACUGAUGACCGCAGAUUUCGUGCACUUCUGCCGUGGUCGGGGAAGGAGAGAAAAAAAACUAAAGUCCUGCGGCAGCCGCCUUCCCUUUCCAGCCUCUGGGGCGCGCCCUCUACGGAUCCCAGUGGAACAGACUAGACGCUCCUGAAGCAUCGCUGAGCCUGCGU